AUGUACCUGAAUUUCAAGGGCAUCAUAUUGCGAAAUAUUGUUGUUGUUAAGAUGCAAUCCCUAUAUUUGCCUUAUUUAAUUUUUGUGGCUACAUUCAGGGGAGUUGUCGAAGCCAAAACAGCCACCUUUAACUCCGAGCUCAGCUGCCAGGGCGCUUCUACCUUCGUCCCGUGGUCCAAUUGUGUUCCUAAUCAAGGAGUGCAAGCAAUCACCGUACCAGAAGCAGACGCCUACGUUCAAUUCUUCUGUUAUGAAUACAGGGAUGAUGAUCCAGCUUGCGAAGAAACACAAAUCACGGUGCAGUCAGGUUGUACAGAUCUGACUUACGAACGGACGAAAUGCACUUAUUGGCCCAGAAAGGUUAAUGCGACUAUUUAUUCCCAAGCCAAUUUUGAUGGCUCCCCUUCUGUACUUCCGAAUAUCGGUACACCCGAAUGCAAUGUUCUUUCGGCGACUAAUAUCAACUCUGUUGGGUCCAUUGUUGUGCCCCCCAGCUACAAUUGCACGCUAUUCACAUCACAAAGAUAUUCCAUCUCCUGGAUGGCAUGA